AUGCGCAAUAUGUCGGACGUUUAUGAGGGUUGGGGUGAAACGCCAAGCUCCCCGCGGUCGCCCAGCCGACCGCCUAGUGUCCGUCGUCGCCGAAGCAUGCAACACUUGCAAGAUAUCGAGACUCGAAUUGAUCAGUUAAUCUCGGAGAAUCGUCUCUUGAUUGCCGCCCGCGAUGAGGCCGAAGACAAAUUACGAAAUGCCAGUGUCGCUCGCCGGAAGAGCGACCGCGCCCUCAACACGCGCGAUGGGGAUCUUCGUGACCGAGAUGCGGAGGUGGAACAAUUGAAGAGCUCGGUGGAAUGGUUACAAAAGGAAACCACCCGCCUCACCAGUGAGAACGAGUCGGUCACAGCAUCCAAUGCUGCCCUCGCCGUCGCCCACUCGGCCGAAGUCAACGCCAUCCGCGAGACCUCUACUCGUGAAUUGGCCGAGUUGCGGUCAAAACACACUAAACUCUCGUCCUCAAUGGAUGAAAGAGUUCGUCAAGAGAUCGAAUCCGCGCUGGCGCAGAAGGAUAUUGAGCUCCGACGUCUGCGCACCGAACUCGAGGAGGCCCGUGACAAGGUCAAGGAGCUACAACAACAAAUAUCAGCGUCGGUACAUGACAACGCCCUCGUCUUCCGUGACGAGGAAUACUUCGAUGCUGCCUGCCAGAAGCUCUGUGGUCACGUCCAAUCGUGGGUGGUGCGAUUCUCCAAACACAACGACAAACGCCGUUGUCGCCCACUUGCCGAGCUCAAAGACGAAAAGAUCGCAGAUCGUUUCGAUAAUGCCUUGCUGGACGGCUCUGAUCCCGAUGCCUACCUGUCGGAUCGAGUUCGCCGCCGCGAUGUUUUCAUGUCUGUGGUCAUGACCAUGGUCUGGGAAUACAUUUUCACCCGCUACCUAUUCGGUAUGGAUCGUGAGCAACGUCAAAAGCUCAAAUCCCUCGAGAAGCAACUGGGUGAGGUCGGCCCCAGCCGAGCUGUGCAUCGCUGGCGAGCCACCACCCUCACCCUUCUCUCUCGCCGCCCUGCCUUCGCCGCCCAGCGCGAGAAUGACACGGAGGCCGUCACCCUGGAAAUCUUCCAGACUCUCUCCAAAGUCCUCCCUCCCCCCUCCCAUGUCGAGUCCCAACUCCUCGACAAUCUCCGCAAAAUCAUGCGUGUAGCGGUCAACCUCUCCCUGGAGAUGCGCACCCAACUCGCUGAAUUCAUUAUGCUCCCUCCCCUCCAACCGGAAUACGAUACCAAUGGCGAUCUCACCCGCCAGGUCUACUUCAAUGCCGCGCUCAUGAACGAGCGCAGCGGGCUGACCAGUAACAACGAAGACCUCGAGUCCCAGCAAUCCAUCGUCCGCAUUGUGCUCUUCCCCCUCGUCGUGAAGAAGGGCAACGAUGUCGGCGAGGGCGAUGACGAAGUCGUCGUCUGCCCCGCCCAAGUCCUCAUCGCCCGUCCGCUCAAGGAUAAGAAAUUCUCAGGCAUGAGCGACCGCAUGUCUGUCGAUGGGUCGAGAUCCGUUCAAAGUUUCGCUCACAGCGUUGCCCCCUCGUCAAUGAUGGACAUGAGUAAUGUGAUUUGA